CGUGGACUUGGAUUCCCCCCCGAGGAAACAGCAGCACUGUCCCGCGUAUCUGCGUCAAACUUCGUCGCACGUCGGCCAACGUUGGUUCCACCGACGAACCGACGCGAGCAGCGGCCAAUUAAUAGUCGUUCCUCGAACCGACGUUCGUCAGAGCUUGGCGGACCAUCUGAAAACGUAGUGCUGCGCGAAACGAGUCGUCGACAUGCUGGUCCCGCGAUCACGAUGCGUCCUGGUGUGUUUUUUGGCGAUGAUCGGGUCGUGCACGGCGUGGAACGACACCGAAGUGACCGCAUCCAAGUUCAGGAUCCUGGCGGUAUUCGGACACAUGGGCAAGAGCCACUUCGACGUUUUCAAGCCUCUUCUGGAGGAGUUGGCGCGACGUGGCCACGAGCUUACGGUGGCAUCACAUUUUCCAAGAACCCAGAAGGCCAUCGCCGCGGAGCCGCUGCCAAAUUACAAAGACGUCAGCCUGGUGGACGAGAAGGUGCAGGUGUUCGUGAACGUGGUGGAUCUGCGUAACAUGGAGAACAGUGUCUUGAACGUCGUCAGGAAUCUGUACUCCUUGUACUUGACGGGGAACCUGUCCUGCGACAUUGGACUGAGGAACGUGGAGCUGAAGAAGGUCGUCGAGUCCGAGAAGUUCGACCUGGUGUUGACGGAGAGCUUCAAUACACAUUGUUUCAUGUCGGUGGUGCACAAGACCGGGGCACCUUUCGUGCAAAUAUCGACUCAUCAGCUGAUGGACUGGGCGGUCGAGCAAUUGGCGGCCUCCCACGAGCCCAGCUACGUGCCAGCGAUGUUCAGCCAUCUGCCAAAGCCGAUGAGCUUCCUUCAGAGGACGUGGAACGUGUUGUCGAUAUCGUUCGUGACCACUGUUUACGAUACUCUGUUCAAUUGGCGCGAUCAGUCCGUGGCGGAGAAGUAUUACGGUCCAGGGCUGCCCAGCGUCAGGGAGAUCGGUAAAAACGUGUCGUUGAUGCUGCUCAACACGCAUCAUUCUCUGCACGGUGCUCAACACUUUCCCCCGAACGUAGUCGAGGUGGGCGGGCUGCACAUACCAUCGAAACCGAAUCCUCUGCCGAAGGACAUCAAGAAGUUCCUCGACGACGCUCACGAAGGCGUCCUCUACUUCAAUCUUGGCUCCAUGGUGAAAAUGGCCACCGUACCCGAGGACAAAUUGAACGUACUGCUGAACGUGUUAACCUCCAUACCCAGGAAAGUGAUUUGGAAGUGGGAGACCGACGAGCUGCCCCUCAAGUCGAAGAACGUUCUAGUGAAGAAAUGGCUACCGCAGUUCGACAUCCUGAGUCAUCCGAACGUUAAGUGCUACUUCGGCCAUGGCGGGCUUCUGGGCUUGUCCGAAGGGACGUACCACGGGGUGCCGAUGAUAUUGAUGCCCCUGUACGGCGAUCAGUAUCAGAACUCAAUGUCUGCCGCGGCCAGGGGGGUCGCACUGGUCUUGAAAUACGUGGAAUUGAGCGAGCAGUCGCUGAGGCACGCGUUGGACGAAAUUUUCAACAAUACCAGAUACACGGAGAACGCAAAGGCGCUGUCGAAAGCGUACAGAGACCGUCCCUCGUCGCCCAUGGAAACAGCAGUAUGGUGGGUGGAGCACAUCGCCCGUAGCAAGGGUAGUCCAUACCUGAGAAGCCAUGCCGCGAACAUGUCGUGGUGUACGCGCAACCUCGUCGACGUGAUCGCCUUUCUGGUCGUGGUCCCUUCGCUCGUCCUGUACUUAAUAUUAACAAAGUGUUCCUCGUCCAAGCGGAGGCGCGAGAGACGCGACAGCAAACGAGCAUCGACGAAGAAGAGGAAUUGAGGGGUUGCUCGGCGCGGGUUAAAAGAGCUUCUUCGCGACACGUUCAACAGACUGUCCCCGAAAAGUUCGAUUUUUAUUUCGGGUCGUGGGACGCUUUAUUCUCGAUCGCCGCGAUAAAUUAAAUCAUCAACGGGACCUGGCGUACUCGUGAUCCUGAUUACCAGGGAACUCGAGACGAGAGUCUCGGGCAAUUCUAGCGGACGCUCGUUCCCGUUUGGCUGUUUCGUGGACGAACCGUUGCGGUAAGAAAAAAAGCGAAAGAGGAACGCGGAGUCGAGCUCUAAGGGUCGGCGAGGAAAACGAGCGAAAAGGGGUUGGGAGGAGAGAAAGGGAACCAGCUUUGCGGGCAUUACUCGGUAUUUCCCAGGUGGCCGAGUCACCGACUGCGUCAACCGGCUUCCGCUGGCAACAACGGCGAAGAGAACAACGGGGGAAGAAGGGGAGGUUGCAUUGGUUGCGGGGUGGGUAACGGUUCCGUGGAGAAGACGUACUCGUAACGCGCUCCAAGACGAAAGAGGGUGGACCGCAGACGUCUGCGACGACAACAAAGAUGGAUCGCGUCUGCCGUCGUCGGAUUAAACGCGCGAGGAUGGUUCCCCGUCGGUCGUACCCUCGCCCCGCAGCCUGCCAGCCACUUUCGUCGUCGCGGGAUUCCGUCGAGCCGCGCGAGGAACGCGUAACCGGCUCAUAAAGAUACAAGCGGGCCGAUAAACGCGCCGGUUCUCGUACCCGGGAGAUAACAGCCUACGAAGGGACGCCAUUGUCUCUCUUUUCAGCGAUGAGAUCGGUCAGAUGCCUAGCGAUAUUCCCGAUCGUUCGAGAGAAUCGACAAUUGGGACGCCAGGUGGAAACAUUUGCGUUUCGAACCGAAUUUAAAGAUAACUUGACAAUAUCUAAUGUUUGAGAGACAUACAUUAUUUGUUCUUUUUUUAUCUUCACAUAAAUAUUCUUCGUAAAAUUUCGACAAGGUAUACAUGGUGCUACGCGUUCCACGGUUCUUGAACUAUUUAAAUGUUCCCGCUGGAAAGACAACAAUUGUAUUAAUACGUCCCUUGUUGCAUCUUUGUUUACUUUACUUUACUUCGUGUAUAUAUGUACAUUCUUUUCUGUUCCUCCCUCCUAUUCCCGCGUUGUAUUUACACCGUGGUGUUCUGUAUUUUGUAGUCGAGAGUUUUCCCAAUAAUAAUAACAAUAAUGAAAAAAGUUCGCUCAAAGGCAUCCACCACAGUGGGGAACAUUUCUCUUUUAGUCGAACGGCAUUAUGCUCUUUGCAAACUAUAGGGAGCCAUAGAUUUGUUCGACGGAUAACGGGGGAAAAGGGAGCAAAGGGAAUCGUCGACGAGGCUACGAUUUUUCCUUUUGCGUAUCAAAUACCAUUACGCCGAAUAACGUAGCUUUUAAUCAAUCUGAUGCUAUUUAUUAUAAUUCAUACAAAUAGAGGGCCCUUAUUUUAUAUUUAAAAAUGUCAAAUCUUGCGUCUCAGACGAAAAAUAACGCAGUGGGCGUGGCCUAUCUUCAAAGUGGAGGGGAUCGUGGUCUCGAAAGGCUCCAAGUUGAUUUCGUUCCGACUGUAGACUCUCCAACGAUUUGCACCCCCUUUUCUCACGUUUUUCUCCACUUUCCUGGAACAAAAAACCUUUUUGGGGAUUUUUCUGCACGUCCUUGUGGUUUCGACGGAAUAAAAUAAUUUAUCGACCCGAGACAGGGUAGUUUCGCGAGUGUCGGGGCGCUACGUUGGCCGCGUUAUCCCCCCGGUUGACCGGCGGAUUUUCAAUUACGUUCCCUCCGUGUGUAUAUAAAUAAAUCUUUUCCAAGUUUUCUUCGUUAAUGUUUGCGCCGCCGGUGAAAUAUUAAAGCAUUCGCUCUUGAAGCUGACGCAUUAAUCGUUGCAGCGGUUCGACAGUCGAGCGAGAAGCGAAAACCGGGUCACUUUUUACCCGCGGUGAAAUCUUUUAUCUAUACCGGCAAGAAUAAACUUUUGUACCAGAUUUUUAUCCCUGUACUUCGAACCACGUUCCACCGAUGAAAUCCGAAACCUUUUAUCCGCAGGUAAACUAAACACUUUUAUACGAAUACUUUAAAAUUGCAUUUCCCAACGAAAUGCAUAAUAUUUUAACAACUAAAAAUAUUAUUCGCGUGUGGAAAUUAUUAUCAUUGCAUGUGGAAUAUCUGGAAUGCUUGGCCCAAAGUGCUAGACAAUUAAUUAGUAAAUUAUCAUUUCUCAGUUCCUCCCAGAAUUCGCGUAAAGGUAAAACCCUUUUGGAAUAGCCAAUAUAUCAUCAAACAGCGAAACGAUUAACUACGAAAUUGUCCACUGUGCUCGUCCAAGACAGAAAAAUCGAUGGACAUUCGAGGCUCCAUAUCGUUCUCUGGCAAAGAAGCAACAAUAGGGGUUUAUUAACGUUCCCCCAAUCGUGAAAAUUUCGAUAUCCGCGCGUUUGGCGAGACGGGAACGUUGUAGUCCGGU